CUCAACUGUGUCGUUGGAGACCUAUCUAGCAGUGACAACUACUUCACUCAAAGAUUUGACGCAGCCAAAAAAGAAGGUAUAUCUCCAUUAGUAAAAUGUACCACGACCAUGCGAGUAUUAGCAUAUGGUGUGGCGGCCGAUUGCUUGCGUAGAUUCUGUAAAGGAAUCAUACAUUUGUAUGAGUCAAUGUAUCUUAGAGCCCCAACUCAAGAUGACCUGCAAAGAAUAUUGCAUGUUAGUGAAACGGGGUUCCUGGGGAUGAUUGGGAGUAUUGAUUUCAUGCACUGGGAAUGUAAAAAUUGUCCUAGAGCAUGGGAAGGUCAAUUUACUCGGGGAGAUAAGGGAACCGCCACUGUUAUUCUUGAAGCAAUCCCCGUGUUCGAUGAUGUUGAAUAGCGAAAUACUCCAAGAGUGAACUUCAUUGUGAAUCAACGUCCGUAUAAUAUGGCAUACUAUCUUGCUGACGAUAUCUACCCUUCUUAUCCAACUUUCGUCAAAUCAAUUAGACUUCCUCAAAGUGAAUCAGAUAAGUUAUUUGCAAAAUAUCAUGAGGGAUGUCGAAAGGACAUUGAACGUGCAUUUGGGGUGUUGCAGGCUCGAUUUAAAAUUAUUCGUGAAUCAGCCCGUUUGUGGGACAUAGCCGAUUUGGCUCUCAUCAUGAGGUCAUGUAUCAUAUUGCAUAAUAUGAUUGUUGAGGAUGAACGAGAUACAUAUGCUCAACAAUGGACAGAUUAUGAUCAAUCUGAGGUAAGUGGGUCUAGUACACCGGAGCCAUUCUCAACCGAGGUGUUACAUGCAUUUGUGAAUCAUGUCCGUGCUAGAUCUGUAAUGCGUGAUUCACAUGUACAUCACGAAUUGCAAGAAGAUUUAGUCAAACACAUAUGGGCAAAGUUCGGAAUGUUUCAUGAUUAA